UUUGAUUGCUCGAGGAGAUGGAGAACAAUAAGAUCAAAAAUUCAAAGCGGGUCGGGAAUUUUGAGCUUCCAGGCUUCUUCAACUACCCUCCUUACUUCACUUUGCAGCCGUCCAUAGCAACACGUGAUGUACAAGUGCGUCUAUGGAAAGAGCUGAUGCUUGAAUAUUGUCGAAGUCAACGGAUAUACAUCAUCUCACUAGAAGAAGAUUUUCCGUUGUUCUCCAAUCCUGCGAUUCAAAGGCAUGCGGAGUGGAUGGACAAGAAUUGCAACAAGUGUCUCAUUCUCUGGCUAACAAUACAAGAUUGGGCUAACUACAUAUUGAACUUCGUGAAGGAGAAUGGAUUGGGGAGCACAAUGCCUGUUGAAGAUAUCCGCUCUGGAUUUGACACACGUGGAACUGAACUUGCAGGAAUUGAUAGCAUCAUUCUAACGCGUGCGCUUCGACUGCUGGAGCAAAAGGGAAAGGCUGCUAUAUUCAAGGUCAAUGAUUGUGAAGGUGUAAAGUUCUGUAUCUGAAUUAGUACAUUAUGUGGGCAGUAUCAACUAUCUCAAUUUUUUAUGCAAACCAGUUAUCUCGAUUGAAGUUUUUGCAAACCAUUGUUUUGACAAAACAUGUAUACGUACGACAUGAUCAUAGGGGAACAAUGUAAUGAGACGAACCUAGAUCAAACAAAUAAGAGGCUAUGUAAUGAGAAGUGGUACAUCACAAUAAAUGGAGACACAAAACUA